UGGUGCAUCGCUCUCCCUUGGUUGUGUAAGGUGCGUGAGGAUCCCACGCACCGAGAUUUGGUCGCCAUGGAGUACAUCAGAAUGCCCAAGGUGGAAAAUGUGCACUUUAUUGACGGAAUAUCUUCCAAAAGAACUGCAUUAGGGACUCUGUAUCUAACAGCCACUCAUGUCAUCUUUGUAGAGAAUGAACCAGACAAUCGUAAGGAGACCUGGAUCCUUCACAGCCAGAUCUCCUCAAUUGAGAAACUUGCUACAUCAGCUUCUGGUUGCCCAAUGCUGAUUCGUUGUAAGAACUUCCAGAACAUUCAGUUCAUCAUGUCUCAGGAAAGAGACUGCCAUGAUGUUUACAUUUCUCUGAUACGUCUGGCGCGCCCAGUGAAAUACGAAGAACUGUAUUGUUUUUCUUUCAAUCCGAAAUUAAACAAAGAAGAACGAGAGCAAGGCUGGAAUCUGACAAACUUAAUGAAAGAAUACAAUCGUAUGGGAAUUCCAAAUAAUUACUGGCAGAUCAGUGAUGUCAAUAGAGAUUAUCGUGUGUGUGAUUCAUAUCCUACCGACAUCUACGUACCCAAAUCAGCCACUGCUCAUAUCAUUGUGGGAAGCUCUAAAUUUCGUAGCAGGAGGCGUUUUCCGGCACUUUCCUAUUACUAUAAGCAGAAUAAUGCUUCCAUAUGUCGGAGUAGCCAACCACUAGCAGGCUUCAGCGCUCGAUGCCUGGAGGAUGAACAAAUGCUACAGUUGAUCCGAAAGGCAAACCCUGGAAGUGAUUUUAUCUAUGUUGUUGAUACACGUCCCAAACUCAAUGCAAUGGCAAACCGAGCAGUUGGGAAAGGGUAUGAAAAUGAAGACAAUUAUUCCAACAUCAAGUUUCAAUUCAUAGGUAUUGAGAAUAUCCAUGUUAUGCGAAGCAGUCUCCAAAAAAUGCUUGAAGUCUGCGAGCUGACAUCUCCUUCAAUGAGUGAUUUCCUCUGGGGGCUAGAGAAUUCAGGCUGGUUGAAGCACAUCAAAGCCAUUAUGGAUGCGGGCAUCUUUAUUGCAAAGGCUGUUGCUGAAGAGGGAGUCAGUGUUCUUGUUCACUGUUCAGAUGGAUGGGACCGGACUGCCCAGGUCUGCUCUGUAGCAAGCCUUCUAUUAGAUCCAUAUUACAGAACUAUAAAAGGAUUUAUGGUAUUAAUUGAUAAAGAUUGGGUUUCGUUUGGUCAUAAAUUUAAUCACAGGUAUGGCAAUUUAGAUGGAGACCCAAAGGAGAUUUCACCAGUUAUCGAUCAAUUUAUUGAGUGUGUUUGGCAACUUAUGGAACAGUUUCCUUGUGCCUUUGAAUUCAACGAAAGAUUCUUGAUCCACAUACAGCAUCAUAUAUAUUCCUGCCAGUUUGGAAACUUCUUGUGUAACAAUCAGAAGGAAAGACAGGAGCUCAAAAUUCAGGAACGGACUUAUUCACUUUGGGCUCACUUAUGGAAGAAUCAUGCCGAUUAUCUGAACCCUCUGUAUCGGGAAGACAACAACAGGACCCUUCAUCCACAAUCAGCUCCCUCCCAUUUUAUCUACAAGUUUUGGAGUGGAAUGUACAACCGUUUUGAAAAGGGACUGCAUCCAAGGCAAUCUGUUACAGAAUAUCUGAUGGCCGUGAAAGAAGAAACACAACAGUUGGAGGAGGAGUUGGUGGUAUUAGAAGAGAGACUGGCAAAACUUACAAACGGGCAAUUAAAUAAUGAGGCAAAGAUAAAAAAGGAAAAUGGAAGAUCCAGUGGCUGCAUGGCCAAAUCACUCCAAGAUUACACCUCCAAUCUGAAAUCAUUCCCCUCUCGGAGUUCUUCACAGGGAGAUGAAGACUCAGCACUCAUCCUUACACAGGACAACCUGAAAAGUUCUGACCCCGAUCUGUCAGCCAACAGCGAUCAGGAAUCUGGUGUGGAGGAUAUGAGUUGUCGGUCCCCAGGUGGAGGCGGCUUACCCAGUGAAGAUAGCACUAGAGACCAUGAUUCAGAUGAAGCUGUUUUUCUCACUCUCUGAGUGGUAACUUAAUUAGUAGAUUAUGAAAGACUGCCUAUCAAAACUUCCAAAGAAAGGGAUUUAUGCACUUAGAGUCCGUAUAUGACAAAGUAAUAAGCUAGAACGUUUUUGCAUUUAUUAUCUUCCGUUAUUCAUUUACAGAGCCAUAUAAGAGUGAACAUUUUGUUUUACAUAACUAUUAUCAAUAGGAUAACUAUGUAUACUAAGAUCACUCCAAAAAAGUGACAAGAAAUAAUGUCUAAGCAAUGCCAAAGUCAAUCCAAUCCAGACCAAACCAAUAUAUAAUGUUAUCUUACCUUGACACCCAAAAAAUACUCAAAUGAAAAAAGCAAAUAGAUCUCCUGUUUGGUUUCGUUUUUACAAUCUUGAAAAAAAAUAUGUUGAAGAAGAUGGCCACGUAUGGACUUAAAAUAUUGUCAGAGAUACCUGCUUAUUGAAGAACAUUGCUGAAGAAAUUUGGAAAACUAAGAUUGAAAUAACCAAAUCAGAUUUUCUAGAUUAGUUCUGACUUGAUUCGUAGUAAUAACACUUUCUGUUGAUGCCUCUGCAAAUGCUGUUUCUCCCCAUUUUUCUCUUCAAGUAGCUUGUCUUCAAUGGAACAGUUCUUGGUGACUUGUAUGGACACAUUCAUGUUUUCCUGACAGAAUGGUCUGCCAUUGUCUUCUCCCAGAAUGUCCUCUCUUUUCUCCCCAAUCUGGGAUUAUGGGGAUCUCUCUUCCCUCCCAAAUAUUAAUCAGGACUAAUUCUAUAUUGCCUUUUCACAUUUGGCUGAUGUUAAAUUAUAGGACAGAAGGUGGGUCAGCAAGAGAUUAGCUCUACCUAUACUUAAAUCAUGCCCUUUACCCACUUUAUAAGUUCAGGUUAACGUAGCGGGGACUGUAUACUUUUCAUCUUCUGAAUUGUGGAAUAGGAUCGAGAUCAUGACAAAGGAGGGUGGACAUGGGCACACUUAUUCCUGUGUACAUUUUUUGGAGUGGACUAUUGGAAGAUGGUGACUAGGGCAUCUAGUAGAUUAAAAUACUUUAUAUGCCAUUCAAAGAAAGUUAGGAAAUUGUAAAGAAAAAAACUAUCUUUCCAAAUUCUCUUUCAUAGUCAUCCUCAUCAGUUUACAAUAAAUCACUGGUCCUUUCACAAAUAUAGGUAGUCCUUGUUUAUUGACCCCAACUGGGAUGGGCAACCUGGUUAAGUGAAACAAAUGAAAAUCACAUAACCACAAUAACACUUACAAUUUUACUCCAGUUUUCCUUUGCUUUGGCUACUUCCUUCAACUGACCUGGGCUUUUUUUCCUUUCUCUUUGAGGUUAUCUUGGUAUGAGGUAAAUAAGUGAGAAUAAGAGCAGACAGAGGCUGUGAAGGUCAUAAACAUGAGUAUUGAUAACUAAGUUGUUUUUUACCAUUUCUGUAACCUAUACCACCUAUCAGGUUUUUGAAACAUUGAAGAGUUUUCUCCAAACAAAAUUAAAUGUAAUUGAUUUACUCACCAGUUACAUAUUUAAUGCCCUUCUUACUCCAUCUCUCCCUCCCCCCAGCUAAAAGUUCUUAUUUUGUUACGAGGUAUCCUUAAACAGGGGAGUAGAUACAAGAGUUUCAGGGGGCACAUUAAAGCUAAAAGAGGAACCUGGGACCAAGCUGGCCAGUAAAAGGAUGUGUUCUUUGUAGAAGACCUAAUGAAAACUACGAGAUUUGUAUUAUUAGAUAUGGUAAUGGACAUUAAUGGUUUUAAAAGAAAAUUAGAUAUAUCCAGGGAAGAUAAAGCUAUCAUGUCUACAUGUUUUAAUGACUUAUCUCACCUCUCCAAAAUGUGAUAAACAGAGCAGACAGCAAUUCAAUUACACCUCACCAGACCGUUCAAAUCAGGC